GCAGAGAAAGAGAGGCGAGAAGCAGGCGGCCGAGAGGGUGGUGGGAGCACCCGGCUGGCAUCCGCCAGGGCCCCGGAGACACUGCGUGGUGGGUCCCCCCCACCCUGCCAGGCUGGAUUUGGUGGGUUAGAGCAGAGAGGCGAGGCUGAGCAAACACUCUCUCCGCGGCCAGGGGAGAAACGGACGGACAACGGAUCUGGCCGGCCAAGGGGGUACAGCUGGGGCUCUCGGAUGUUCGCCAUGAGGCUCCUUCGCCUGGCUUUCCUGCUGGGCUGGAUGAUGUUCGGGGCCUUCGGAGCCGAGGAGUCCUGCGAGGGGCGCUGCGAGGCGGGCUUCGACAUCCAGAAGAAAUGCCAGUGCGAUGACCUGUGUCUCUACUAUCAGAGCUGCUGCAUCGAUUACGCCACCGUCUGCAAAGCGAAAGUGACCCGCGGAGACAUGUUCCUACAGCCGGAGGAUGAUUAUCUAGACUACUUCGAUCCAAGCAACGUCACGGCCCUCGUGCCCACCGCCACUGCCACCGCCGCCCCCGAGGUGCCGACAGCCACCCUCUCCGAUUACACAUGGGUGGAUGAAGCCGACGUGGGGGCCAGCGUGCCCCCUGGGGGGGACCUGCUCCCCCCCACAGAGGAGGGUCCCACCGUGGGGCCGGAAGAGGAGGUUUUGUGCAGUGGAAAACCUUUCGAUGCCUUCACCAGUCUGAAGAACGGCUCCAUCUAUGCUUUCCGUGGGAAGUAUUUCUACGAGCUGGACGAGAAGACCGCGCGCCCAGGGUACCCCAAACUCAUCCAGGAGGUGUGGGGCAUUGAGGGACCCAUUGACGCAGCCUUCACCCGCAUCAACUGCGAGGGCAAGACGUACCUUUUCCAGGGGGGGCUCUACUGGCGCUUGGCCGACGGGGUCCUGGAGCCGGGCUUUCCCCGCAACAUCUCCGACGGCUUCAAGGGGAUCCCCGACCACCUGGACGCGGCCUUUGCCCUGCCGGCCCAGAACUACUUCUCCAGCGAGAGGGCCUACUUCUUCAAAGGGAACAAGUACUGGUCGUACGACUUUGCCAACCAGCCGAGCCGCCAGGCGUGCGAGGAGACCUCUCCGUCCGUGGUGUUCGACCACUACGCCCAGCUGCAGGCGGACAGCUGGGACGAAAUCUUCGAGAUCCUCUUCGGGGGCAGCCGGCGGACCCCUUUUCUAGGUGGAGCCAGCAGGCCCCGUUUCAUCAGCCGCGACUGGCGAGGGAUCCCCAACCACGUGGACGCCGCCAUGCUGGGGAGGCUGUACGUGGCCCAGAGCCCACCGCAGCGCCACAUGAGCAGGAAGUCCUCGCGCCGGCACCGGAAGAAGUACCGCCGCCGGCAGCGCUGGGGCCGACUGGAUUCCCUUUGGGACUGGCACGGCGACAGCUCCGAGUCUGAUGAAAUGGACUGGCUCCUGAGUGGAACCACGGCUUGCCAGCCAUUCCAGAGCGUCUACUUCUUUGUCGACGACAAGUACUACCGCCUCAACCUGCGCACGCGUCGGGUGGACUGGGUGUACCCCAAAUACCCGCGGCCGAUCGCCAAGUACUGGCUGGGGUGCCCUUCUGAGGAAGAUCUCGCCUGAGCUCCACGGCGAACCCCUCCGGGCCGAGGACGGCUGCAAAAUAAAAGUUUUUGCACCUCUGCGAACA